AUGCGAAGUAUCCUCUUGUUUCUACUUAUCAGUGGUGACAUUUACAAUGUUCACAUAAACAGUAUUCCGUUGAACAAAAAUGGACUCCCACAGGUUCCACUUUUGCCUCGAACACUUCCUCCAUCCGGACAAUCUCCAGAUUUCGCACCACCCCCGUCAUUUGGACAACCUCCACAAUUUGGACCACCGCCAUCAUUCGGACAACCUCCACAAUUUGGAUCACCUCCGUCAUUCGGACAACCUCCACAAUUUGGAUCACCUCCAUCAUUCGCACAACCUCCACAAUUUGGACCACCUCCAUCAUUCGGGCAACCUCCACAAUUUGGACCACCUCCAUCAUUCGGACAACCUCCACAAUUUGGACCACCUCCAUCAUUCGCACAACCUCCACAAUUUGGACCACCUCCAUCAUUCGGACAACCUCCACAAUUCGGUACACCACGAUCAUUCGGACAAACCCCACAAUUCGGACCACCUCCAUCAUUCGCACAACCUCCACAAUAUGGACCACCGCCAUCAGAUGGGCGAACUCCUCAGUUAGCACCAGUCCUUCUUUCAGGAUCUCCUCAUGGAUCUGCAUUGAUUAACCAACUACCUUCUGGUGGACAGUUCCCUCCACUCGGACCACCAAUGUCCAACAAUGACGGAUCAAAACCCUCACCUCCAGCUGAGUCUGAACACCCAUCAGCGGAGAAAUAA